AUGAAAGAAUCCGACCAACAACGCUUUCACACGCUGGUAGGCUGGUCUCAGGCCCACGGCGCUGCACUGCAUCCAUCCCUAGAGAUUUAUCAAGACAAUGUCACCAAAUUCUCACUUCGCGUCAAGGAAUCCUUCGGCGAUGGACUUGAACCUGGCUUCACGGCUGUUACUUGCCCCGUAACCACAACCCUCUCAUUCCUGAACGCUCUGAUUGGAGGCCCCGUCGGCCUUUCCUCAUCCUUGUCCGAACAAACUGCCGCAUUCCCGCCCCGAUUCAUGUCCUCAAUCCCUCCACAUGUCAUUGGCCGCUUCUUCUUGAUCAAGGAGUACCUCCGGGGCAAGAGCUCUUUUUGGUGGCCCUACAUCGCUACACUGCCACAGCCUGAGCACUUGACCGCCUGGGCACUACCGCCGUUCUGGCCCGAGGAUGACAUUGACUUCCUCGAGGGAACAAACGCCCACAUCGCCAUCCAAGAAAUCCAAGAAAAUGUCAAACGCGAGUUCAAGCAAGCAAGAAAAGUGCUGCGGGACGGUGAUUUCCCAAACUGGCAAGACUACACCCAAAUGCUGUACAAAUGGGCCUUUUGUAUCUUUACCAGCCGCAGUUUCCGGCCCUCACUCGUCCUCUCUCAUGCGGUCAGGGAGCAUCUAACGACACUGUUGCCAGCCGGCUGCGAGCUUGAUGACUUUUCCCUCCUGCAACCUCUGUUUGACAUUGCCAAUCACUCAAUGACAGCAAAGUACACAUGGGACGUUGCUUCCGAUCCGAACUGCUGCCGGCUCGUGUGCCAUGACGCCUACCAACCGGGCGAGCAGGUCUUCAACAAUUACGGCCUAAAAUCCAACAGCGAACUGCUCUUGGGAUACGGCUUCAUACUCCCGGCAACGGAGCAGCUCCAUAAUGAUUACGUCCACGUCAGGAAGAGGCCGCAGCAGGACGGAGACGUGCCGGGCGAGAAACCAAAGGACUUUCUGAUCUCCUUGCGGCCGAUGAAGCACCCCAGCUCCCUGGUGGGCCGGGCAAGGUUGUUGACCUCUCCCGGGAGCCAGAUUUCUGCCUUGCCGGACUUCGGCCACUUCGAGCCGGCCCUUGUGGAUGACCUUUCGUCGGUGCUCGCGACGCCGGACGACAAGCAAGCAAUGACUGACUGGCUAUCAAGCGGCGAGGGUGGGCUGCCGGCCGGGCUUGGACCGCUGGUUCAGAAAAUCAAGGCUGCCUUGGGCGGGAAGCUGCAAUAUGACUAUCAGCGGCUCAAGGAGGCUCAGAUAUGCGAAGCUGAAAGCGAUUUGCUGCCCGAAAACCGAAACCAGCAGCUUGCCGUCGAAUAUCGGGAUCAGUGCGAGGAGGUGCUGCUUGCUGCGCUGGAGGCACUCGGCGUAUGA